UUAGUCUGCUUUUUAUGGUAGAAGUCUGGAUAAUUGGUCACUUUUCUGUAACUUCCGGGUGAAAAUCAACAUGGCUGCCUGGGCUAAGAUUACGUAGCAAACAUUGAAUUGUCAUUCGUUUCGCAACGCUGUGGUAGUGACAACGACAGUAUUUGGUAGUAACGCCGUAUUUACUAUGAAGGAAACAUGGAUCACUUGAAAUAUCCAUUUACACCGAUGUCAUAUGCAGGUAUACCAGCUUAUGUUAAACAUAAGAACAUUUCUACUCCAGUUGUCAACAACAAUUUUACACGCCCUGCUGUGGCUGGUUUGCUGCCAGUACCACAGCCGUGGAAUGACACCCGGACGUUCAACGGCUUUCAACAAAGAGGAAAUAAUGUGAGACGUGUAAGUGAACAGACAGCAAUUGCCCCUAGUUCAAAUUUGAAACGUGAGACUGAUAUCAAAGUACCUGUUAAAAUAAAAAUGAAAGAUAGUCAGUGUCAAACUGAUUUUCCAAAGGAAAUAGCAGAUUUACACUUGAAAGAGUUACCGAAUACCCUAUUUUUGCCAGAGAAAAAUGUGAAGAAAGAAGGGCCAAGAAAGAAGAAUUCAAUUAAUAGUGAUGGAGGACUAAACUGUCAGCAAGAUCAUUCAAUGCAUAAGAAUGUGAUAUCGAGUGGAACUCAUCCGUUGUCUCAACCAACUAAAGACCCCUUGAAAGAGACUGUAUCUUACAGUAUGAUGGCUCAAAAACCUACCAUUCCUAAGCUUGAAAAUAAAAUUACAAAUGAAGCCAAUUUAUCAAGUGAUGGAGAUGGUAAAUCAACUGAAAAUGUUGGAACAACUAAAAAGAAACGAAAACGAAAUCGUAAAAAAAAGAAACAAAACACUGCUAGUACCAAUGAAGAAGUUAUUGACAGUGUUGAAAGUGUUGAAGUAAAUAUUCAUUUGGAAGAUGAAUUUGAAUUUCCUGAUCUUUCUGGCAAAAAACGGACUACUUUAAAUAGAUCUAAUCCACACGCAAUUAAUACUUCUCAUAAAUUAGAACAAGCCAUCAAAGACACAUGUACGACUGAAACUCAGAAUGGUGUAGUUAAUUCUGAAAAAGAAAACUUGGUUGAGGUCGAAAAUGUUGAUUUUGAUCCACAAAAUGGCAAUUUACUAGCAUUUAAACAAGCUGGGGAAACCAAAAGUGCUAGAAAACGUAGAAAACGACAAGAUCAAGCUAACAAAGCCGCAAAGGAUGAGAUGGCUGAAAUAACUAUUGAACAGCAGAUGCUCCAGGAACUUGGUCUAAAGUCAAAACAAGAGCAGCCAUCAGUUAAAGAAGUUGUUCCAUCUGUUCCCGCUAAAACAAAAUCUAACAAAAACAAUAGAAAAUCUAAUCAGCCAAUUGCCUUAGACUUUGCUGCUAUGAUAGAUGCCUUAGAACAAAGGAGAGAUGAUGCUGAAACAACCAAAAAUGCACCAAAAAAACCAGCAAUACGCAAGAAAGUCAAGCCAGCAGAAAUAGAACCUCCUCGACGCCCACAUAAUCCACUAGAUUCAACCUGUCCAACUGUUAAAAGAGGAAAGGAAAGAGAAUUUCCUAAACCCAAGAAACCAAGUCCUUUGAAGAAGGUUAUUCUGAAGGAAAGGGAGCAGAAAAAGAAACUAAGAUUAUUAGAUGAAGACCCUGAAGUGGCUUCAGGUGGAAGUCAAGUAUGUGUUGGUGUUGUUAAUACUGAAAGUGACCUUUCACAAGACGGAGAAGAGAGGACCAAAGGAUCUGCUAGUGCUGAGCUUUCUCCUAUAAGCCAAACUUCGCCUUUUAGUAUGAGUCCCUUAUCGCCAAGUGCCAGUCCCUUGCAUUCAGGAUUUAACAGUCCCAUUGCUAAAGAUAGUUCUAAUCCUGCCCUGUUAAAAAUCCACAGUAGAAGAUAUCGUGAAUACUGUACACAAAUUCUAGAUAAAGACAUUGAUAAUUGUUGUCUACAAUUUCUUCAGAAUUUGGUACGUUACCAAGACAAACAAUAUCACAAAGACCCCAAAAAGGCAAAAACGAAGCGAAGAAUUGUCCUUGGAUUGAGAGAGGUCACAAAACAUUUGAAAUUGAUGAAGAUCAAAUGUGUAAUUAUCUCACCAAAUUUAGAAAAAAUACAGUCCAAAGGUGGCUUGGACGAUGCAUUAAAUAAUAUACUAAACAUGUGUACUGAACAAGAAGUACCUUAUGUGUUCGCUCUUGGUCGUAGGGCACUUGGUCGUGCUUGUGCCAAACUUGUUCCAGUUAGCGUUGUGGGUGUGUUCAACUAUGAAGGGUCCGAAAAACAAUUUUGGCGUCUGAUUGAACUGACUCAGAAGGCUACAGACAGUUACAAAGAAAUGGUAUCAGUUGUCGAAAAGGACUUACAAGAGAAUCCCAAUAACCGGAUGGGUCCUGCUAAUGUCCCUACUUUGUUUGCUCAUAUGGGUCAUUCCAGAACACCAUCAGGUUGCAGUGCUAUAUCCUUUACAAGCAGUAUUCUUUCCGAACCAAUUUCUGAAAACUACCCUUAUUCUGAACCUGAAACUGAUAGUAAAGGGUUUGAGGUGUCUAAAACUGGGAGAGGUGCAUUGAAAGGAAUCAAAUCCUCGGUAAUCAAUGAGAAAUCUGCUGCAAUAUAUGAACUUGAUGCUGGAAAUGAAGCUGAUACUGAAGACUUUGCUGAAGCAACUGAACCAACCAAUAAACCCAAAUAUUCAAACAGUUUUAAAAAGGAUGAAGAAGAUCCUGAGGAUGAUCCCGAUAACAUAGAGGAAUUACCACAUAUUGACUCAAUACAUUAUGGCAGCUAUGACCUUAGUGUUGAAAUCCUUUCACAACAUUCAUCGCGCACAAUCGAAAACAGUGAAGCCAUGUCUACACAUUCCUCCAAGACUUUACGCGAUGGUAGUCCUACGCUGUUGUUAGACAAGUAUACAGAACGACACAAUCCAACACCCCAUAAAAUCAUUGAUAAAGAUAGAAUACAGAGUUGGGUGGAAGCUACUCAGUCGUGUACAGAAGAGACACAUGUCGAUGGAAGUGCUGACGAAACAACUACUCAUCUAGCAGACGGAGAAAUUGAUCAAUGUGAUAAUUCAGAAAAAGAAGAUGCAGCCGUUAGUUAAAAAAUAAAUGCAACUACAAACCAUAUCAUUUGUGAUCAUUUAACUAUUAAAUAUAUCUUGUUAAAAGUACUUUGACAAUAAAGGAUUUUAUUAAAAAGAGAAAAAAGUACAAGAAAAUUGUUGUGUUUAACGUAGCCAGAUUUUUUUUUCACGCAAGAGGUCCAGAAAGAUUAGUGCCAAUAUAUUAUAAUUGAAUUCUGAAAAUACUGUUGUUUCGCUGUAGAAUGUGGUCAUUUGGUCGAAAUGUUUUGUGUUAUUUAUACCAGUGAUUUAUCGAAAGGGCAUUUUCUUGUGGUUGAAAUAGUGUUUUCAUGAUUUGUGUGGAAUUUUAUUUGACUAUAAUGACGUUACCUAUUUAAUUUACAAUAGAACAGGUAACCGAAUAGUCAUUGGUUUAAACUGACUUGGAUCAUGUUUAUUCAUACAUCUUGGGAAUAUGUAGAUAUAUUUUUAUACAGGAGUAUGUUUCAAACGUUUUUUGUAAAAAUAAUAAUGGAAACAACAAACUUUAUUCAUUCAUUAACUGUUAAUAUCAGUUUCUGUGAUAACAAUGAUGAAUGGUUUGAUUAAAUGAGUUUUUACAUAUAUGAUGUGUUGUGAACCAAGUGUGUACUAAAUUUUAAUAGGAGUAUCUUCAGAUAGUGUUUACAUUUUGCUUUUUUGUCACAAAUAAUGACAAAAUUAAAAUAACUGAAUACAUGUACCGGUACAUAUUAGUUAAAAUUGGCAUUGGCACCUACACAGAAAUUCACAGUUGUCCAGCCCCUACUAAAAAUAAUAGAAUUUUAUUCAAAAAUUUGAACUUUAUCCCUGAGUUUAUCUGAACUGAAAUUGAACCUUGUGUUUUAAUUGUUUGAAAUUUGAGUUUCUGUUCAAUUAUUAUUUUAAAAAAUAGAUUUCCCUGUUAUUUGUAGAAAGGCUUGUGUUGUUAAGUUUUGUUAUGUAAGUGGUUUUUGAUCUAUGUUAUUAUUUAAGAUAUAUUUUAUGUUUUUGAUUGGAUAUAAGUUUGUAAAGAAAUAUGGUGUAUAUAUUUAUCUGUAAAUACUUGUUUGCAUAAAUCACAAUUAACUAAUCUGAUGUGAUUAUUGCGCAACACUGUAAAUGGAAGAUUUGUGUGCCAUGAAGUGAUAGAAACAUGUAAUUAAUCGGACAAAUUGUGGGUCAAAAUUGAAUUGAACAUCCAUUAAGAUUUACAUUUUUGGCAUUAUUAAAGGAGCUAAGUCUCUAACUCAAUAUUUCCUUAAUAUUUCGAAUUAAAAACACAAAUUAGAAUUCAAUAUUGGUCCAUUUCAAUCCAUAUUGAUGUUGUUAUGUUGGCGUGAAAAUGUGGGAUCCUAAUAUCCAAUAUUUAAGACACACUGAAUGUUUUAAAAUAUGGUUUCGGAUUCAAAAAAAUCAAUGAACAAAGAAAAACAUAUCCUAAAUUACAAUGCGACAGUAAAUAGUAAUGGCUGAUUCACAAAUGAUAAAAUAAUAAUAAAAAAAUGUUUAGAAUGAAGGAAGCAGGCGCAAGCGACUGUCAUUUUCAGUUUGGGAGUUUAUAUAUUUCACCGAACAUAAUUGUUUAGAAGUUACAGUUUUUUUUUUUAUAAAUUGAAUAUAAAUCACUUUAUAUACACUCAUUACAUUAAUAUGUGCUUUUAGAGCCAUUUAUAGUUUUAAAAAAUACAGCCAUACACCCUUUAAAAUGCAAAAAUUGAUUUCUUGUUUUUACAGUGUGGUCUUAUUGCAAGUCGACUUACAUUGAGGGGAUAACUUCGAAUUUACAUGGUUGGCAUAGUAAUAAUACAUACAGUAAAUUUUUAAGUGGGACAUUUAGUUGAAUUGAAAAUUAAUGGAAUACAACACUGACUAUGGUAUGCUACAUGUAUACCUUUAUUAUUCUGUAUUUAUAGGUAUGGAGUAAGUGUCUACAUUAUAGUCUACAUGUAAUUUGUGUGUGGUUGUUUUGAUAAUAGAGUUUAUUUACUUCAACAUCUUAUCAUUAUACUAUCAUAAAUAGGUUAACGAUUAUUAUAUUUGACCUUGUUAUGAUUAUUUAUUUAUAAGAUGUUCAUUUAAUUGGUAGACAUUAUUACACAAAUAUUUUGUCAAGAAAAAUGUACAUGUAUUAUGUGCCAUUAUUAUUAUUAUUACACUAAAGGUUUGAGAAAACAGUAGCAGUCUUUACCUGCUUUGUUUUUAAGACAGGGGCACGUGUUUGAUUUCAUACACAGAUUCUGGGAUUUUUUACUGAAAUUUAUACAUUUAAUAUUCAUUCUAAAAAUAUGUGACCUUAUGCCUAAGGGUUGUGACAAAUCAUUUCAUGAAUGGCCGGGUGCAGGCAUAUGCAAAUGUCCAACUGACACCUUGCCUUCUACCUGAUCUGAUGAGCAGCCAAUGAAUAAUUGUCAAAGUGAGAAUUGAAAUGUUAUUCUGUUUAUUGUAUGCUUGUUAACCAAUUUAUUUUUCCUGUUCUUGAGAAAUAUCAUAUCAAGGGAUAUCAAUAGAUUGCUUAGUUAUUCCUUGAAUGAAUAUAGCUUUAAAUUGUUAUUUAUUAGAUAUUAUACCAUACAGCCAUAUCAUGGAGAAGUUGUGCAAUUUUAAAUUUGACAUAAGCAAGUAGUAAUUAGGGUUUAAUUUGGCUCAAUGUAUGUUUUAAACAAAAAUGGAGAAAAAUAUACAUGUAUGUCACCAAGUAUUAAAAAGCCUUAUAUAUAGGUAGGCUUGUAUAUUUCCACGACCCUAGCAAAAACUGCAAUAUUUUAUUUUGUAUUUAUCAAAAUUUAAAAACAAAACAACCAUACCAUUAACAUUUUAAUAUCUUAUUUAUUAUACACAUAUAUACUAAACUCUGUAAAUAACAAGUGAUAAUCUUAGGUCAUUACAUUAUGUAAGUAUGUGAAUACUAUUUAUUAUGUAAAAUGGUGGCUUGACUUUGGCAGCAUCAUGACUAUGAAUAGAACGCAUUUAUGUAAAUAUUCAAUUCACAAACAUAAUGUCAGUCUAUGACCUGCUACUGUUGCUAAGCAAGAAUAGUGUUUUGUGUUUUUAGAGGGGUCAAUUAUUGAGACUGAUUUUCUCCCUGUUGGUAAAAACAGAGGUCCCUGUAUACUUUGCAUUGACAGUUGGAAUUCAGUUUUUGUCCAGUCAAAAUUUCCCUUAUAGCACACCACAUUGCGUAUAGUAUGCCCGUCUUCAUUAGACCGGUUGGAGCAAAACAGUAGGUUGUUAAACCCCAUAACGAGAGAAAAAAUGAUUGACUAUAAAUCAGUUACUGUCAGCAUUAAAUCUGAUAGAAUAAUGGCCACUAAAUCGAAAACAAAAUUGCUGCUUACCGUACGCGACCAAAUUCGUGUGGUGAGAAUGGUGAAUUCUUGUGAACUCUAAUGUAUUCGGAAACUAUCUGCAAAUUUCAAAAUCGGUUUUGUGCUAAAACAUGCAAUUAAGUUCUUGGGAUGGAAUAGGCUACAGUUGACACCGAGACUGGCAUUGAAUUGAAUCAUGGAAUCAUUUAUUUAUUUCUUGUCUACUUUUGUUUGUAUAUCUCACCUUUUAAAUUUUUGUAUUUUAUUACACAAGUUUCAGUUAUUUUCUAUUAUUUUAGAGACUGUAGAGGUGAAAUGUUACUUUUGAAAAUAUAAUGGUCUAUCACAAUCUUCGCAUUAUGCGUUUGGUUGUCCGAUGAUGUAUAUCGCUAUAAUCAUGACUAACGCCCAUUCCGAUUCAAGUAGUCGACGAAGUAGCCAAAACAAAAGGCAUCGUCAUCGGACCAAUAACCCCGGCGAUACAAUAAAAUAAAAACAUCGAUAUAAGUGUAUUAACUUGAUAUAAAAAUGUGUCUUAUUUCAUUAGUUCAAUUAUGUAACGAUGGGUUCACCAAGAUUUAUAUCAUGCUCUCAACAAACUACUGUAAAUUUAAACAUAUUGAAUCGAUCUUGUAGUAUUUUCAAGGACAGAAGGGAUUAAGAAACGAAAAACUAUGGGUGUAGGUAUAUUUGUUUGUUGGUUGUUAGAUACAUUGAAAAGAAUGCACACAUUUUCUCUCGCUGUUCGGCCAGUGAGCUUUAACUUGUUGCCAAUACACUACAUUCUUACAUUCAAUUCAUAGAAUUCUUUUCACUGGAUUUAAAACCUGGACCAAUAUUGUACACCCAAUAGUUUGAAGUGAACGUCUGUGAAUACUGCAAUUUAUUUUGUAUUAAAAUUGAAUAGUUUAUUUUCAUUCUAACUAAUCUAUUGCAACAACAAUAAAUAUGUAUAGAAUUUUGAGACAGGAACGAACAAUAUUAUAAAAAAUAUAUACACUGUUGAUUGUUAAUGAAUAUUUGUGAAUAAAGAAAUAUUU